AUGUCACAAGUCGCAGCAAAAGGUACUCGUGCGGGCUUCACGUCAGACGAGGACACCCUCCUCAUGAAAUAUAUCGCGACAUACAAUCCUACUAAGCAAAACAGAAGCGGAAACGUUUUGUACAAGCGCCUUGUGGAAAAUGUCGAUAACAAAUGGAACUGGUCCAGAACGCACACAUGGAUGUCGUGGCAGACCCGAUACAGGAACCAUAUGGAGGAAUUCGACAGGAGAAUACUCAAAUAUCAGAAGAAAAAAGGAAUUGACGUGGAGAAGCAAACAGGGAAGGAGCCUCAAUCUCCGUCUCCCGACGAAGAAGCUGCGAAGGGCCGCUCAAUGGAGACCGGGAAAGGAAAAAAACGGGCUGGCGGUCAAGAAGUUUCUGAGCGUCGGAAAGUAAAGCGAGCCAGACUGGAGAAGGACCAGCCAGUUACUGUGAGUAGUCGCUCGCCCUUGAUCAAGACCAAUGGGAUACACGAAACUCCCGCCAUUGGACCAAGCGACCAAGCUCGUAGUUCUCCCCCUUAUCAGGGACUAUCAGAAUCUGUGUCCGACGUGCCUCCGCCUUCUCCGAAACCAGCAAACACGUUCAAUAGUCCUUCGCUCCCUUCUUGCUCGGAUACCCUGCCCGUCCUGUCGUCCCAAGUCAAUUCUCCUGUCAGGACCCUGCCACCAAUCUCGUCCCAGCUCCCACCAAGUUUCCAGCCUCUUGCCUCAUCUUCACAGCAGGUGGUCACCCCAAAGCCGCCACCAGUGCCCAAACGAGUCUUAAAGCACAAGUCCGUUUCUCCCAUCUUCGCCUCGCUCUCGCCAACAAACGAUCGUUCUACUCCUUCGAAGACGAAAGUUCUCCCAAAAGUGGUAGAAGGGCACUUCACAACGGCGCUUACUGAUCGGCUAGGUCGUGUGCGACUUGGUAGUCGUUCUGAGGAGAAACUGAUGACGACUUGGCCUCCCGUUCGGGGAAAGAAGGGCAAAGAGAAAGAGGUAGGACGAGGACCGACUGCAUUAACAUCUUCGGUGGAACGCGAGCCAAAAUAUCAACGAUCUUCAGCUCCUCUUAUGGGCCAAGCAUCAGUUAUAGCCCAACCUGCCGCCGGACCUUCAAAACUUAUCGCUACUACCAGAGAGACAGCUGGUGGCUAUGACCUGCCACACAUGGACCUUCGCACUCUAUCAACCUCGACUUACCGAAUGCCCCGUUCUAGAGCCAGUAGUUCGGCAUCUCAUUUGCCUCUCCGCCACUCUCUCGCCGUCCAUUCCACACCAUCGGCCAUCCCAGCUCACCUCUCUGGCUACGUCACCACGUCUGGGCGUACGACACCAUCAAUUCCACUUACAUCCAUAACGCCCGUCGACUUACCCCUGUCCGCCUCUGUCGGAUUCAAAUCCUUGCUAUCAGGUAUCGCUGCCGCACACGGAUACUCACCAGACGUCGUACUCGAGGUUUACAAGCGCGUCAAAAGCUUAGAAGAGACCGAGAAGUAUGUGAGGGGCAUGCGCCAUGCUUCUGAGAGCUGGAUUGAAGCAGCACUCGAGCGGAGGGAGCGGGAAGCGCGUAGAGCCAGGAGAGCUUCGAAGGAGAACAGAGAGAGCGAUAGUAGCGACGACGAACCGCCUCGCAGCUCUCGUCAGCGACCAUCCUUGCAGCAAACUUUGCUAGAGCGGCGUUUGCCAAAUGGGCUGCGGGUACGGCAUGAACCUGAAUCUUCAUCGGAGGACCUUCAAGAUCAGGAUAAUCUCGAGUAUGACGGCGAACCCGAGCCUGCAUCUGAUGAUGCAGAGCAAGUCGAUGAGGCUAACCGACAUGAGUUCUCACUCGAAGAACCUCCUCGUGUCAUGCACAUCAAGCGCGAAAGUCAACCACCACCCCCAUUUUACACGCCGCAUGGGGAUCCGGCACUGAAUGGUGCUCUAUCAGACGUUCACCGCACACGCUCAGUAUCUCCGCCCCGGAACGCGGAUGAGGGUCUGACCCCCCUUUCUGGGAAUGAGGAUGUGCAUCGGAUGCUCGAGAGGCGAUUGGGCAAGCGAGCGAUGAGGAAAAGGGUUGCGCAGCUGCUGCGAUAG